UGUGAUUCUAGCCAAUCAUAGUGGCCCAGGUCACAGCAAAUGAACAGGAAGAAAAGAUGGCGGCGAGAAACGGGAAGAAUGGUCUGCUGGAGAAAUGGAGGAUUGACGAAAAGCCUGUGAAGAUUGACAAAUGGGACGGUGCGGCUGUGAAGAACUCUCUAGAUGAUGCAGCCAAGAAGGUUCUGAUGGAAAAAUACGGCCAUGUUGAGAGCUUCAAUUUAGUUGACGGACGUCUGUUCAUUUGCACAAUCUCCUGCAUUUUUGCCAUUGUAGCUUUAAUUUGGGAUUAUCUUCACCCAUUCCCUGAGUCCAAACCAGUACUGGCAUGCUGUGUUGUUUCAUAUUUCAUAAUGAUGGGCAUUUUGACCCUGUACACCUCUUACAAAGAGAAGAACAUCUUCCUGGUGGCCAUGCAGAAAGACCCAGCUGGUAUGGACCCAGAUCACAUGUGGCAGCUCUCUUCUAGUCUGAAAAGGUUUGAUGACCAGUAUACGUUAAGAAUGUCCUUUACAGACGGGAAAACAAAGCAGUCGAGAGAGAUGGAGUUUACGAAGUCAGUCGGGAUUUUCUUUGACGAGAACGGAACGCUGGUGAUGGACCAAUUGGAAAAAUUUGUCUCAAAGCUUCAUGACACAUUGGCCAUAGAAAAGAAAACAAAGUAGCUUUUAGUGGAAUCUGGUGGCACCAGCCUUCAGCGGCCCUGCGCACACAGUAACAGUGGCUUUAGUGGGACAAAACACAGAUGUUAUUGAGGCUUUUGUGUUCCGAGUUUAGCUCUCAAUUGUAACAUUGCAUAAGGUCAGCACAGUGUUUUUUUAUUGCUUAUGUUUUUGAACUGGUCCAAUUUUUUCCUUAAAUUUGUCAAAUUCAUUGUGAUGCUCUUAUUUUGAAGUAAGCCAUUUAUUCGCCUAAUAAGCAUAGCAAUGGUGUUCAUGAAAAUCUGUUUUGUUUGUCAUAACAAGAUUAGUGGAGUGUUGGAUGCUCUCCCCGCCAUACAUGUCAUGCUUUAUAGACACAAUGCUCAAUCAAGAGUGUCUAAAACAAGGACUUUUGUGGUAUAUCUUAGAACCAGUGUAAUAUAUAUAUAUGUUCCCAAAGGCCUUGUUUAAACAUCUUGUCAGUCCAACCAUACUGCGAUUUUUCUAUUUUGAUUUUGUUGAAGCCUUUAAAGGACAACAACAAGCAAAAAGGGACCGUAUCCAUCUGUUGUGCUGUCCCCUUCGCCGCUUUGAUACUUUUGUGUUCGGAUGUUUAUGCUUGAACCAGGGAUAAUCGUUUUCGGUCUCUUGAGGGUUGGAAGUGGAUUGGUUUUGACCUGUUUUCACACUUGAGAGAAUGAACCUGGAUUUCUCAUGUUUUUUGCUUUGUCAUCCACACGCCGUUUUCAAGUAGAUGUAAUUUAUUUUGGAAAGGUUAGACAUACACAUGUGGAUACAGAUGCUUUCUCCAAUUGUGAAGAAAAUGGUUCUGAGUUCCACGGAGGAGUCACGGUUUUUGUCUAAACGUAUUCAGCUUCAGCUUUCUAUAUUGUUUGUGCCUGUUCUUCUCAAAAAAAAAAGUUACAAAUAAAGUGACAAGGCAUUUUUAAAUGGUGUGUUUACCUGUCUGUCUUUUAUAAAAGUGUUUAUUUUUGCUUGCGUGUCCAUAAUAUAUUUCAUGAAAUAUGGUUAACCCGGUUACAACAAAAUGAAACGCAAGUUCUGUUUAUAAUUGAAUUUUGUGUCAUGUAAACAUGCCUUGGAGUAUAUACUGUAACAAAAGCGUACUUGGUGUAUUUUCUUGAAUCUUGUAUCGGCCAGAAUUUCUUUCAUUUGGGCAUUUGCAAAACAAAUAGUCUGUCACAGGAGGUGCUCCAUAAAGUAUCUGUUUACAUGACCCCAAAUUUCCGUCAAAUCUUGUUUGUCUUGUAUUUUCUGGAAAUCAUUUUGCGCUAUGGCAAUUUAUGACACAAUCAUUCAAAUAUAGCCAUAUUUUGUUUUAAAUGGUAAUUUAUUGUGCAUGUAAAUCAAUAGCAGCAAAAUAGAAUUCUGUGUGAAUUUAAUUUGAUUGAUAAACCAUUCAUAACAGAACAAUUACCAACCCUUCAAAAAACAUUAAACUUGCAUUCGCCCUGUAUUUACUGAGUGGUUGUUUCCCUGUUAUUAUAUAUGAAUGUGGGUCAGUGAACCCUUGGAGAUCAUACUGUGGCUACCAAAGUUGAGCUGCUUGAUCUCUGAUAAUCCAGUUGGAGCAAAUAGCAAACAAAAAUAUAUUGCAUGUGCACAGUGACCAGUCUUGUAAAAUCAUAAGAAACAAAUAAUAUUCUGAAAAUAUAUGGUAAUUCACUCACAGUCCCCCUGAAUACAUAUUGAAUGGUCAUUUUGACCAUAAAAUGUGAAUACAUGUCACUGAAAAUUUGUUUGUUUUGUAUCUGAUAUCUUAUUUCAGAAGGUGCAUUAACUAAAAAGAUGACGGAUAAGCAAAUAUGCCAUCAUAUAUGCUAACAUUCUUCGCAUAUUUUAUAUAUGAAGUCAUCAGCACAUGGUCUUGAUAAGCAUGCUUCUUCAUAAUGGUUAAAAUCGCAAAGCACAGCACC